AUGAGCUCCCCAGAUGAUGAGGUGUCUCUUUCGGGAGCGGGUUUCAGCGCAGAGUGCGGGGAGCAGACCAGCGGCCUUGAGGCCGGCUCCGCAGGCCUGCAGGGACCCGGCCCUGGCCCCGAGGCGGGGACACCGCGAAGCUGCGAGGGUGAAGGCGGGGAUGGCUUCCCAGAACCUGAGGGCUUCGAGUCAGAGCAGGAGGUGCUGGAAGCGGGAGGGCCGGUGCUGUGGGGCUGCGAAGGUCGGCCUGGCUCCCCGGCUGACAACCAGGAGGACGCCCUGCAGCUGGUUGACGAGUCAGUGGCAGCCAUCCUGCAGCAGCUGGCUGACCUGAACGUGCUGGGCACCCUCAGAUACCUGUCCCAGGAGAGCUAUGCGGUCGGCGAAGUGUCUGCCUUGCGGGACCUCAAGGCGCGUCCCCGCAGUCGAGGCGGUGCCGCCCAGAGGUGUGGGGAAGCGGCACAGACUGAGGCCAGCCCUCUCCAGGUCGGUGGGAACCCUAAGAGAGGCACUAGGAGUAGGUUGAACGUGGCUCUUGAUUGCCAGUGGCCCCCCUCUGAAAGCCCAGCCAGGCUGCUGUCCGACCCCAAGUCCACUGAUGAGUUCAGUGAGAUAGAGCGGAUGAGGGUGAGCAUUUAUCCCAAAGACGGAGGCCAGGCCAAGCUCAACAGCCCCAAGGAUCCCGGGAACCCACCCAGAUGCUUGAAUGUCCAAGGCAGGGAAAAUCUCCUUAAGGUGCCAGGCACUUGCCUGUCCUUGGCUCCACGAGGAUUAAUUUCGGUUGAGGGCAGGCAGGGCAGGCAGAGCGACACAGAGCAGGAGGACAUCUCUCCCCCUAAGAAAAUGCAGAGUGUGCUCUGGGGGAAGGGGGGCAGCCUGCCCAGCUACCCGAGAGUAGCAGUAGCAUCAGCUACUGCAGCUGCCGCUACAGGCAGCGGGCCGCAGCCCACUCCUAGGAGGAAGGGGGUCCAGGAGAAGAAAUCCCUUGGGGGCGUCUCCAAACCUGCCGCGGGGAGAACCUUCCCUUCCUGGGGGCAGGGAAUCUCGGCCACUCCCCUGGAACCGGCCACCUUCCCCCCAAUCUCCGGCAUCCCGCUGCUCGGGAGGUCCAAGAAGUAUGCCUUGGUCCCUUGGGGAGCGGAAGAGUCCAAGCACACCAUCGCUGGGAAGAAAUCCGUGGCUAGGCGGGCCUGGGAGUCGGUGGCAGCAAUGGCGGUGUCAGGAGCAGACAACGAACCAAAUAGAGACCCAUUCCCAAAGGGCCAACUUACCACUGACAGGCCAUGGCCAACUUCUCCAUCAGUGCAUCAUGGAGAACCCGGCAGGGCCAACCUCAACAUCAGAGGCACACAGGAUUCAGGAAACUCAGAGCCCGUGGCUAUGAACAAGGGAGAAGUCAGACUCAGAGGGCCUGGCCCAUCAGGUGACCAGGAACCAACUGACCAUCCCCCAAGACCGAAAAGGCAGCAGCAGCCACCUGGAAUGCAGAGCUGUCCUCGGUGUCUGGUGCUACAGAGAGAAAUAGACGAGCUUAAGGAGCAACUUGCCUCCAUGCGGUACCUGGCCAAGAAAUUCCAGAUCCUUUGA